AUGGGUCGGGACUACAAAUGUACCGAACCUGGUUGUGGGAAAGGCUUCCUUCGACCAGAGCAUUUAUCGCGACAUCGUCUCAACCAUCGGCCUAAGCAGAUCUACCAAUGUCCGAACUGCCCUAAAAGGUUCGUCCGCAAUGAUCUAUUGCGAAGGCAUCAAAAACGCCAUGAGAGAGGCAUGUGGUUUCGAAAUUCCGGUGGCAUCGUACCCUCCGACCUAUGCCAAAUAGAGGAACGUCGGCCGUCGCAAGAGGCUCGUUCCUCUGACUCGGACUCCAUUAUUCGGGCCGAUAUGCGAGAUGCAUCUGUGACGCCGAAUAGCUAUGAAAAUCACAAUGAUGAGCCGGAUAAUUUGAAAGUCCCAAGCACUGCACCUCCUAUAGACCACAACAGUCUACCGGGCUCUUUACACCACAUGGUGGAUGCUAAUACAGAGAGCAAUGUCACGUCACUUUUCUGGGAUCCCUCAUUCAGUGCACCGGAUCCUUUACUUGAUUUCGAUUGGCUUUUUGAUGAUAUGUCCAACUUCAAUACGGGUGACGCGACCUUGUCGUCCGAAGUUAUCUCGCCAGCGCGAACUGGGAUAUCGGAUAUGUCCCCGCCGUCAUUCCCAAUGGGUUCUCAAGGGAUUCGCUUAUCUGUGGCAUCGAAUCCGUCGUCGUUCGCACCAUGGUCUAUUGUUCAAGGAAGAUUAUUUGAAGCAUUGACUACACUCCCACAGAAUAUACUCACUUCUCCAUUCUUCCUACCUUCGAGUUUAUCACAUUUCUUCGACCUUUACUUUCAAAAUUACCAUCCACAUUUUCCAAUCUUACAUCAACCAACAUUGGAUCCAACUCAAGCUCCUCCGUUACUAAUCGCGGCAAUUGUGACCUUGGGGUCCACUUUAUCCUGCGAAGAGGGUCACUUUCAAACAUCAGUCCAGAUUCAUGAUUCAUUGCGAUAUAUCAUCUUUAACAGUCCCGACUUCGAACCACCGGCAUCUCUGUGGUGCGUUCAAACACUUCUUCUUAUUCAAGCCCAUGAGAAAAUGUUCUCUACGAGAAAACACCACCAACUAGCACAUAUAUUCCAUGGUGCUAUAAUAACACUUAUGAAGAGAGGUGUAUCAUACCACUCAUCGUAUCAAGGGCUGGAUGAUCUCCAGCUAUCAUGGCGUCAGUGGGUCGAGAUCCAAUCGUCCAAUCGCACGGCUUUCUUUGGAUUUGUCAUGGAUGCACAGCAUAGCUUCAUGUUUGGCCACACCUGCAUACUAUCUGUGCAAGACGUUCGCCUCCCGCUUCCCUGUCCUGAUUAUCUGUGGGAAUGCGGUGAUGUGCUUGAAUGGGAUCGAAUGAUUCGAAAAUCCCCAGAACCCCCUGGAUUUCUCCCAGUUUUGAAGAAAUUGAUAGCCCGUACUCCGAUCCCGCCACAAUGUACAGCAUACGGUCGGCUGAUCCUCCUACACGGUCUUUUCAGUGUUACUGCCCAUCUAAAGGCCAGGGACUCGGUCACCCUUGGCGUUGGAGGGGCUUUGCCAGAUCGUACCCGACAGUCGACCGUCGAUAGCUGGAAGGAUACUCUGGAGAAGGCGAUGGACACAUGGUCAUUUUGUCUAGUGUCGCGAAGCUCGUCAUUGGCACUAGAGGCUUCGAAGCCACUCCAUCGAAUGGCAUAUGUGGCAAUAUACACUGAUAUCACCGACAUGCAUAUCCUGGCUGGUGCUCCAUCACUCUUAGGAAAUAUGCUUUCGGAAGCAGAUCUGGUCGGAGCUACUGCUCGAGUUCAGACUUGGAGCGAGCGACCAGAGGCCAAAAGAGCGCUGUAUCACUGCUUGCUCCUCAUUCAAGAGAUUCUUUUCACUGGAAAACCAUAUCAUGCGUCCCAGGAUAACCUUUCUCUCCGACCUUGGUCCCUUUAUCAUGCAGCACUUAUCUUGUGGGCAUAUGGAUUCAUGGAAGGAAGGCGGAAUCCCUGUCAAGAGAAGGAAAUUUCAUAUACUGCUGAAGAAUAUCUUGUCCGCAUGCUGAUGCUCAUACGAAACGAGGAGGAUAUUGGUAUUGCGUCACAGCAGACGAGUGAGUUAUUAAGUGCUGUGAGAGAUUCAUUGAUUGGUUGUCGAUGGGAGCUACUCCAGGAGGCAUAUGGAACACUAGGACGAUUGAUCGAUAGCUCAUGA